AUGGAUGGCAAUGAUGAUCUUCGAGAUGCGAGAUUGCAGAAGCUCUGGGAUACGAGGCUAGAGGGAGAUGGUUUCAGCAUUGUCGAAGCCAGUAUCGAUGACUACCGGAAAGCCUUCGACAAACAACAAGUCACCAGCGUUGACAUCGUCAUCAGCUGCCUGAAUCGCAUUGCGCAGUAUGACACCAUCCAAGGUUUGAAUGCUUUCACAGUCCUCAACGAGAACGUUCUCCAGGAUGCAGCAGCAUCGGAUGCACGUCGAGCACAGGGACUGAAGCCCCGUCCACUAGAAGGCAUACCAUACACAAUCAAGGACAGCUACAAAGUGGCUGGCAUGACAGUCACUGAUGGUUCCCCUGCUCUCAAAGGCGUCAUGUCAAGCGGCGAUUCUGCUAUUGCGGAGAAGCUUCGGGCUGCUGGGGCAAUCUUGAUUGGAAAGACUAACAUGCCACCGAUGGCUGCAGGUGGUAUGCAGAGAGGCAUGUAUGGUCGUGCGGAAUCACCUUACAACUCCAAGUACCUUACUGGAGCCUUCUCCUCGGGUUCGUCGAAUGGCGCCGCAACUUCUAUAGCUUCAAGCAUGGCAGCUUUCGGUAUGGGCAGCGAAACUGUCAGCAGCGGUCGAAGUCCGGCGUCAAACAAUGCGAUUGUCUGCUAUACCCCAUCGAAAGGACUACUCAGCUGUCGUGGACUCUGGCCGUUGUACAUUACAUGCGAUGUGCCCACGCCCUAUGCGCGAUCGGUCGAUGACAUGUUGGAGAUACUGAAUGUUAUCGCUACGCCUGACGAAGACACAACCGGAGAUUUCAUACGCGAACAGAAACACGUUCAAAUACCUCAACCGCCGUCAAUCAACUACACAGAUUUGCGCAACACCGAUGCGUUACGGGGGAAGAGAAUUGGUGUGCCAAAAAUAUACGUUGGUCAAAAAGAUUCGGAUCCGCAUGCAAAACACACUCACGUCUCACCGGAAGUGAUCGCAUUAUGGGAACAGACAGCCAAAGAUCUCGGCUCUUUGGGAGCAGAGAUUGUUUACACCGACUUCCCUCUAAUAACGAACUACGAAAAUGACUCAGUAUCGGGCGAAGCCAACAACGUCGAUGGUCGGCCUGCAAACUGGAAUCUCCUCGAGCGAGGUAUUCUUAUCGCUCAGGCCUGGAACGCUUUCCUCGAAGACAACAACGACCCCAAUAUCAAGUGUUUAGCCGACAUCAAAGAUCCGUCAAUGCUGUUUCCCAAACCACCCGACUACAAACCUGACCGCUUCCUCGAAGUAAGAAACUGGAUUGAUUACCCCGGUCUACCCAAUAUGGUGCAGAAUGGAAGCAUACAUGACAUUCAAGGCAUGGAGCAAGCUCUAAAAGCCCUUGAAGCCCAAAGAAAACGUGAUCUGGAAGACUGGAUGGACAAGCAUGAACUCGAUGUUGUUGCGUUCCCAGCGCAGGGCGAUGUCGGUCUUGCAGAUCUCGAAUUCGAUAUCGACAGCACGACGCAUAGUCUACAGAACGGUGUCAAGUACUCCAACGGCAACCGUGCCAUCAGGCAUCUUGGUGUACCUACUGUGAGUGUACCGAUGGGUGUUAUGAGUGAGAAGAAGAUGCCUGUGAACAUCACUUUUGCUGGCAAAGCAUACAAAGACACCAAGCUACUAGAAUAUGCGUACGCUUUCGAAAGCGCUACAAAGAGGCGUAUACCUCCGCCCCUCACGCCCGCUCUACCCACCGACAUUAUUGCCCAUGCAUUUCCCUUGCCAUCUGAAGACAAGCACAUCAUCGAAUCUGUAACAGUCGCUGUCAACCCUUUGGGAGACUCUAAUGACGUUGAAAAUGAACUUUCUCUGAGCAUGGACGGAAUCUUACAUGAACCUGCGUCCGAGACUCUGCUCCAAGUCUUUUUGGACGGUCAUGUGGUGCACACUUCGGUGAUCGAGAGCGCAAAGUGGAGUUUCUCAAUCUCAUAUGCACUCAAGAGACCGGAAAUUCUGGGUUGGGAUCUCAACCCACUUCCAAAAAAGGAUCUUAUGGUCAUCGUGGUUGUGAAAAGGUUGGAUGGUGAUGAAGGUAUCAAGAAGGAGUCGAAGUUGCUGACGGUACCUGUUGAUAGGGCUGCCGAGGUGUCUGUUAGGGACGGUACAUGA